UUGUGGUUUUGGCCAGUUAUUUAACUCAGCAAUGGCUUGCAGUGAGACGGUAUGUCUUGUGCUACUGGCCGUUCUUUUGCUGCCCUGCGUGUCCAGCGGCUGCAUGUUCGGCAUCCCAGCAACUCUGGGAGCGACUUAUCCUGCCGGAGAUAUCUUUCUGGAGAAAGGCCAGUCGUUGAAGAUCACGUGCAAGCUGGACGAAGUAGAUAAAGUGACGAAUGCGAACAAAAUAUUUUUCACUGACGGCAAUGAACGGGUCCCGAAGCGCUUUGUCAACGUGAUAGAUAAGUCAACUGCCAAAUUGUUGAUUCCCAACAUGACCCUUACCAAUCAUUCGGUAUUCUACUGCAGACUCCAAACAAAGGACAAAGUCGUCUGCCUCAACCAAGUGGUUGUCGGACUGAAACCGCAAGAACCGCAAAACUUAACUUGCAUCUCCAAAAACUGGCAGUCACUUACAUGUAAGUGGGACAAGGUGGAUCACUACACACCCACAACCUACACUAUUCUCUACACCCUGGCAGCGCGAGGCAGCAGAAGUCAACUACUCCGAUGUCCAACGGAUAGUGACAAGAGGAACAACACCUGCACAUGGGAUUUCUCCACGAGCCCAAGCUACAGAACGGGUUAUGAGUUCUACACCAUCACCAUGGCCGGUUACAAUGCACUGGGAAACGUCACCUUCCCGCCUAUAAGGUACCAUCACUACGCACACGUGAUACCAAGCCCUCCCGAGAACCUGCGUGCGCAUAACGUGACGACGCACAGUGUGACGCUCAAAUGGGCAGUGGCGUAUCCCAUGCAGAUUUUUCCUCCAGGUCUGAUCACCAGGGUGGAGUUUAGACACAAAUGGAUACCCGAGGGCCAGUGGAUCACUGUGAACACAACCAAUUUGCCUUAUAACCCUGUCAAUAUGACGCUGCAUAUCACUAAUUUGCCGUACGCACACACGAACUACACUAUUCGAGUGCAACACAAGUCACAAAAGGCGCAAGACAAAGGCUACUCAGAGCCAGCCACCGUCAAUAUAACGACUAAAUCCGAGAAGCCAACCGCGUCUCCCAAGGUGGACAUGGGCGGUUUCGAGAAUGAGAAGCCAAACGACGCGUCUUUACGUAAUAUCUACCUCUACUGGGAGCGUAUCCCAGAGUGCUUGUACAACAGUGACGACUUUGAGUAUCAAAUCGAGAUUGAGGAGGAGAGUGGCGCACUACUCGAUAUCGUCAAGGCUGACAAAACCUCGUCGUACAUCAAAAUCAAGGGCCUCUUGCAUGAUGCGUACACGUUUAAAAUAUACGCAAGGAACAACCUCGGUGUGGCGGAUGCUCCGUCCGUGAUCAAAGUGCCACACUAUAAAUCUUGUAAACCCUAUUGCAUCAAGGGGCCGUUGGCUUUCACAAAAAUCGAAUACGAUGACGGAGUUACUGAGCUGUCGUGGAACGAACCUGACACUCCUGGCCUCGGGGAACUCUCUGGCUUGUUACCAAUCGUUGACUACACUAUUUUCUGGUGCGAAAACUCAAAGGAUAAGGCAUUCCAGUGCACUGGAUCCAUGAACUGGAUUCGCGUUCCGGCCAAUGCCAACUGGCACAACGUGACCAUUCCUGAUAAGAACCGUACUUACCAAUUCGCCAUAUCAGCAAACAGUAAAAAUCAGAGCUCUGGCCUAUCGUGGACAGUUUGCACUGUCGCACACGACAAAGUCAUUGAGGGAUUGACCCAAGUCGGCUUAAGCAAGGUCGGCUCCACCUUCUUGGAGAUCUCCUGGAACCUUCAAUGCUCCCACCGAAUUGGGCAGGUUCUAGGCUAUAAUUUCCGCUACUGUCCCAUUAUCCCAGCACAGCUGAGAAACUGCAAAGAGCCGUCCAAAGUCCAGUUUGUGCCAGGAGACGCUAACACGGAACUUGGCAACAUCACAGGCUUGAUGCCGUACACAGCCUACAUGUACAACUUGACGGUGCUGAGCAUGGGUGGUGAGGGUGUAGGAGAAACGGAGUUCGCCACCACCCUGGAGGCAGCACCCGAGCCUCCGAGAGACCUUAAGGCCACCCACGUGACCAGUUCGACAAUCCAUAUCUCGUGGUUUCCACCGGCCAGGUCCAACGGCAACAUCAAGUACUACGAGGUCAACUUCACGCUUGGCACAACCAAAAUCGACGGCAUCUUCACGUCAACCGGUCUGUAUGAUCUUCCAAGCUUUACAAACAUGUCCAUCUACGUGAGGGCCUGCACGAUUGCCUGUUCUAACAAAUCUAACGUCAUCAUGACUAGAACCUUGAUUGGGAGUAAGUUAUCGGCUGAGAUUGCCGCGAUAUGCUCUAUGUGAAGGUGAUAAGCAGACGCGACGAUGGUCCACCAAGCGUUAAAAAGUUCGUGACCACCCUGCCGUGAAGUGCGGCGACCAAACCCAAUUGACUCAACGAUUCCGUCCAAAGUGUCACA